CGUCAGAGCAUAAAUACUGGGUCAGACGGACAAUAGCAUCAGUUCAGUUUGCAACUCUAGUCUAGCUACUUCGAAGAUGAAAUUCCUUUUGGCUGCCUUCCUGCUCGGCCUUUUGGCUCUGACCAUAGCAAAUCCUCUGGCACCCGAACCCGACGUAAUUAUUAAUGGAAAUUGCUACAACUGCAUCAUUCUGAUAUAUCCCAAGAGCUACCCCAAUUGGUACCGACGAUGUCAUCAUCGACGGCAUAGGUGGUGAUGGUAUUGCAACGUUACAGCAGAUGAAUAUAUUGGCCAACAGCGC